AUGAGGUAUGAAAAGUAUGAUAAUGGAUGGAUUCUUAAGGGUAGCAGAGGUCAAGUCCGUCCACCUCCUGUUACCGCUUUUCAAGCUAAUUAUUCCUCCCUUGAUGACCAUCUGGGUCGCAAUGAGAAACACUUAGCCAGUUCCUCUCAUCCCACUGAUCCUAUGGAUAUUAGUUCCGCUCCUGCUAGUGAUAAUGGCAGUGAUGAAGAGGAUUCCAAAAAUGGCGAUGAUGGUGAUGAUGAGAAAGACACGGAAGAGGAGCAUGGUUUUGAAAAAGGCGAAGAUGAUGAAUCAGGAGAAGAAGAAGGAGAUGAAACUGCAGAAGAACGUCAUUCUGAUGAUGAAAACUAA